AUGGAAAGCUACCAGAUCUCCUACUGCCUGGACAGCCGGGACCCUCUGCGCUGGACCACGGUGGAGGAGCAGACCUACGUGUUCCGGCUCAACGCUCGCACGGCGGUGGGCUGGGGUGAGGAGCAGGAGGCCCGGGUGGUCACCACGGAACGCAGAGGCGAGUACUGGAUCGAUCCCAACCAGGGUUGCCAUCGAGACUCCUUCAAAGUGUUUUGUAACUUCACCGCACAGGGCGAGACGUGUCUGCACCCGGACAAGAAGUUCCAGUCGGUGAAGUUGGCUGCCUGGAAAGGGGAGAAGCCCGGCACAUGGUACAGUCAAUUCAGGAAAGGAAAACAGUUUUCUUACUCUGGGACGGACGGCGUUCCCAUCCACAUCGUUCAGCUGAACUUCCUGAAGCUGCUGAGCGCCACAGCCACACAGAGCUUCACCUACCACUGCCUCAACUCUGCCGCCUGGCUGCACACCGCCACCUACGGCCACGAACACGCACUGCGCUUCAGAGGCAGCGACGGGGAGGAGAUGACACAUGAGAACACACAUUACAUCAGUGCACUAUAUGACGGAUGUCAGACACGCUCAGGGCAGGAGAGGACUGUGCUGGAGUUCCAGGCUCCUCUCUCCACCACGCUCCCCCUCAUGGACGUGACCGUGUCCGACUUCGGAAACGGGAACCAGAAAUUCGGUUUCCAAGUUGGCCCGGUCUGCUUCAACGGUUAA